AGGUUAGUGGGAAUGGUUAGGUGCAGUAUUGAGGGAGGGGAGAAGGGAAGUGUGAGAAAAGGCAACAAAACUAGCACAGAUAACGGCCCUUAUAUCCCCAUCCCCAUUCCCCUCCUUGAAUUUGCCUCCACCACACCACCAAACACGCCUUCUUCACCACCACCAUACCACCACUAGCAUUGGAUUUGGCUAGAGAGAGUGAGAGAGAGAGCAAACAAAGCAGCCCAGCUAGGGCUAGGAGAAGGGACAAAGAGCGAGCUUAUCUUCUUCAAGAAACCCCUGGAAAUGGAUCCCAUAAGCCAAUCCACAGAAAACCCAGAACCUCAAACGCCAUGCGAAGACCAACAAAACCAGCUGGCCAUUGCCCAAUCUUCCUCUUUUGCCUCUAUCUCUGUUUCUCUUUCCACAAUCCUUCCAACCCACUUUCUCCUUCCCCGCAAAAUCUCUUCCCUUCUCGCUUCUCCUCACCCCUGCAAGGUCAAGAUUCCUUCCCAGAUAUCUUCCCUCUCUCACGUCUCUCUCUCGUCCUCCUCCUCGCUCUCCCCUUCAAAACCAUCCUUCAAGUCUACCAUCUCCUCCAAUCCCCUCCAAAGCCCUCUCUCUCUCAACCCUUCCCGCCCCUCCGAGCCCUCCAACGCCGCUGGAAUCCGUCGGGCCACCGUCGUUUGGUUCCGCAACGAUCUCCGUGUUCAUGACAAUGAGUGCCUCAACUCGGCCAACAACGAGUCAAUGUCCGUACUUCCUGUCUACUGCUUCGAUCCCAAGGACUACGGCAAAUCGUCUUCUGGGUUCGAUAAAACCGGGCCGUACCGCGCCACGUUUUUGAUUGAAUCGGUUUCCAACCUGAGGAAGAACCUUCAGGCGAGAGGGUCGGAUCUUGUAGUCCGAAUUGGAAAGCCCGAGACCGUGUUGACCGAGUUGGUCAAGGCGAUUGGGGCCGAGGCCGUGUACGUUCACAGAGAGGUUUCGCACGACGAGGUCAAGGCGGAGGAGAGGAUUGAAGCGGCGAUGAAGGACGAAGGCGUUGAAGUGAAGUACUUCUGGGGAAGUACUUUGUAUCAUGUUGAUGAUUUGCCGUUUAAAAUGGGGGAAAUGCCCUCGAAUUAUGGAGGGUUUAAGGAGAAAGUUCAGGGACUGGAAAUCAGGAAGACGAUUGCGGCUUUGGAUCAGCUAAGGGGGUUGCCGUCAACCGGCGAUGUUGAGCCCGGGGAAAUUCCGACUUUGGUGGAUUUGGGUCUCAAUCCCACCGCCACGUUGGGUCAGGAUGGAAAACCAGCUGCUAAUGCUUCUCUAGUGGGUGGAGAAACUGAAGCAUUGCAGAGGCUUACAAAAUUUGCUGCUGAAAGCCGAGCACAACCAAACAAGGGAAACAAUGGAAAUGGCAAUAGCAUCUAUGGUGCAAACUUCUCCUGCAAAAUCUCACCAUGGCUUGCUAUGGGAUGCCUCUCUCCGCGUGCAAUGUUUGAUGAACUGAAGAAAUCUGUUUCCCCGAAAAUUUCUGCUGCCAUGAACAAGAAAGAUGGUGGAUCUGAUACAGGACUGAACUGGUUGAUGUAUGAGUUGCUGUGGAGAGAUUUCUUCAGAUUCAUCACCAAGAAAUACAGUUCUGCUAGGCAACAAAGCGCCACUCAAGUUGCUGCUUGUGCUGCUGUUUAAGCAGAGGAACAUUUUCAGAGAUGGAAUAAAAUUGGGGUUGUUUCACCUAUUAAUCACAUCCCAGCCCGUUACUGUUUGUCUCUUUUAGAAGUAAGGUAGUUGUUCCUUGUUAGACUUGUGUUCUCCCCCCC